UGGGUCCCAAUGGACCAGGAAGCACUGGAAUAUUACUCUACUCGGAAAGUGACUUUCAAUAAAUCUAAUACAGCAGGUGGUGCGUGCACACGCCGGUGGCUCGUGGAGAGCACAAGUUAUUCCAGCUGCUCUUGUCGUCUUCUUAUCCGGCCAUUUGUUUUCUUUAAUGCUCUCUGCUCCGGCUCCUUCGUUUGCCAUUUUCUCUUUCUCUUCAUCCAUCAUCUGGAGAAGAGUAUUACAGUUGUGGUCGUGGCGGUGUUUUCUCUCGCUUUGUUCGGUUGAAUUACUAUUGGCCUUGUCAAGUUUUUUGGUUUCUGAGAAACAGGGCAGCAUGGAUCAAUGGAACGCGAGGGAUUUCUCUGAAUCUGUGGUAGCAGAAUUUGGGCCUUCGACUUCUAUGCCUUCCUCGAAUCAUGCUCAGAACCAGAAUUCCAUGCCUGAACGCAGGCGAAGGCCUGAGGUGGAAGUGAAGGUAGAAGUGAAGGAUCCGAUUACUGCAAGAAAAGUUCAAAAGGCAGACCGCGAAAAAUUGAGAAGAGAUCAACUUAACGAACAAUUUCUUGAGUUGGCUAACACACUAGUUUGGAAUACAGAUCCAGAUAGACCUAAGAAUGACAAAGCUACUAUUCUUACUGACACAAUCCAAAUGCUGAAGGAUCUAACUUCUGAAGUUAACAGACUAAAGGUUGAAUAUGAUGCACUUUCUGAAGAAUCACGAGAGCUUAUGCAAGAGAAGAAUGAGAUCAGGGAAGAGAAAGCAUCUUUGAAAUCUGAGGUUGAAAAUCUAAAUGUUCGAUAUCAGCACAGUCUCAGAAUUAUGUUUCCUUGGGCUCCUGUUGAUCCUUCUGUUGCAAUGGCGCCAGCUUAUUCAUAUCCAAUUCCUGUAGCAGUCCCUCCGGCCCCAAUUUCAAUGCAUGCAUCCUUGCAGCCAUUUCCCUUUUUUGGGAAUCAGAAUUGCGGUGCCUUUCCUAAUGCGUGUUCAACUUUCUUUCCCUAUUCGGCCAAUCCACCAAUUGAUCAGCCAUCAGCACAGUAUGCAUCCUCUUCCAAUAUUUCAAGCAAACAAGACAGUAGAAGUAAAACACUGGAUCAUCCAAGAAGCAGCAAUUCAGGACAAACUGAUGACAACAAUCCCAAUAAUGUGGCAACUGAGCUUGAACUUAAGAUGCCUGGAUCAUCAACACAACAGGACGUUUCUGCUGAAGGAAGGGGGGGCAAGCAGGCUCACAAGAAAGAAAAAAGCAGCAGAAACGGAAGCUCGUCAAGCUGGUAUUCGUCAUCUAAAGGUGUUCAAGCUAACUCCUCUAACAGCACGGGUGACAUCUCAAAGUCUAAUGAGUGAAAAAGUCAUCUUUCCGUAAAUUAUUCACUUGUAUUUCUUACCCAUUAGUAUGUUUUUAUUCAAUCUUGUAACCAGGAGGACCAGAAAAUAGUUUCACACCCUCCAUUGUUCCAUCAAAUGAUUUACCUGACAAAAUUUGGAGGUUUGCUGCAACUUACUGACUCACUGAUUUUCAGUCAUCUUAGAAAUAGAAUUGUUGCCAUUUAGGGCAGUCUUGGAUAGAUAAAUCUGUUUCUGUAUUCUGUAGAACACACUUUCCAUGUGUUUAUUUCGAUAAAGAAAAAAGUGGGCAACAUAGGAAGUUUUCUUAAAUGUGCAUUGCAGAAUGUUCCGUC